AUGGCUAAUGAUACUUUCGGCAAUUGCAACUACGAUAUUCCAGGCUGGGAAUUCACAAUCCAAACCUGCUGUCUGGCACAAUCGUCUUUCAACUAUCGUCCGACCUUCGCCGGAAAUCUUAUUUUCACCAUACUCUUCUGCAUUCUUAUCAUUCCACAAUUGUUCUUGGGCAUCAGGCAUAAAACAUGGGGAUACAUGGCAGGGACAAUAAUUGGCUUUGCAUUUGAGGCCCUGGGAUAUGCGGGAAGGGUUCGACUUCAUAUCAACCCAUUUGAAAGUAUUUCAUUUUGGAUAUACCUCAUCGCCGUAACUAUCGCGCCUGUCUUCAUCUCUGCGGCUAUAUAUCUGUGUCUAGCUCGCAUCAUGCGGUUUUAUGGUGAACAAAACGUUCGCUUCGCACCGAGAACAAUUGCCAUUGGUUUCAUGACCUCCGACUUCACGUCUCUCGUCCUUCAAGCCGCGGGCGGUGCAUAUGCAAGUAUGUCCGAAGGUUAUACAGCGGACAGGAGGGGAGCGUGGAUCAUGAUUGCAGGCUUGAUUCUACAAGUUGUCAGCUUGGGCGGAGAUUUCGCCUGGCGUUAUUUUCGAGGAUCGGUAGAUCAAUGUCCGGAGCGGAGGCGUAUCAGAGGCACCAACCUGUUCAAGGCUUUUGAAGUCAGCCUACUCGCAGCCACGGUGACAAUAUUGACACGAUCCGCCUUUCGCGUGGCUGAAUUGUGGAAUGGCUUUUCCAGCAGUUUAUGGAAUGAUCAGGUUGCAUUCAUGGUUCUGGACGGCGCCAUGGUGGGAGUAGCAUCGCUACUUCUUUCAGUUUUUCAUCCUGGUCCUGCUUUCGGCGGACAGUGGUCGGCUAUGAGCUGGUCUUUCAAACGUUCUAAAAAUGUUGAUGGUUAA